AUUUCUUGUACACGCACUCCACCUCAGGCUAUACAAGUCCUCUCCUACCUUCUGCCAGCUUCCGGUCAGAAGAAGCUAACGAAUCCAUCCAUAGCUAGGAACAAGGGGAGAAGCUACGGAAAAGGAUUGAAUUGCGGCGAGGCAGGAUAAUCGAGGAUUAGUUAUCUCAAUCAGCUGGAUCAAGCAGAGUUCAUAUGUGAAGAGCAGGAGCUGGUUCUUGGAUAGAUUUUGCUAGGUAAUUGAGCCGAUUGAGAAGAUAUAGUAAGCUUGUGGAGUUGAUACUGAGCAGGAGUUUGAUGGGGGAUAGGCCAUGGCAGCAGCCACAUGAACAGGCAUCUUGUUCAGCACACACCGGGAUGAUCCAACAAACUUCUGCUACCGCUACCUCCUCCAUCCAUGGAAGCACAAUCAGAAAGGACCCUGGCGGAUAUGAAGACAUGGGUGAACUUGAUCAAGCCCUCUUUCUCUACCUCAACAGCCAGGAUCAAACAUCAGUUCAAGAACAACCGCAGACUCUCAACAUCUUCCCUUCUCGGCCGAUGCACGCCGUCGAACCUUCUCCAAACACUGCCACCGCGGCCGGUUCUUCGAAGCAGCAGCAGCGGCCGCCAUCCAAGCAGCUGGCGAUGCUCGCUCCGGCACCGGACAGCAAGCCAGCCGUCAAGAGAGAAGGAGGCGGACGCGGCGGCGAGGGCACGCCGUCGACUUCGGAGCAUGAGGGACCCCGAACGCCGGACGCCAAGACAUUGAGGAGACUUGCGCAGAACAGGGAGGCCGCGAGGAAGAGCAGGCUUAGGAAGAAGGCUUACAUUCAAAAUUUGGAGACGAGCAGGGUCAGGCUGUCACAGAUGGAGCAGGAGAUGCAAAGAAGCAGCAAUCAGGGUGCAAUCCUGGGCGGUGGUGCUGGCAUUGGAGGACUAAGUCCAGAGGCGGCGUGGUUCGACGGGGAGUACGCGAGGUGGGUGGACGAGCACGACAGGAUGAUGCGGCACCUCCGGGCGGCGGUGGAGAACCAGGACGCGGCGGCGGCGGCUACGGCUACGGACGGUGAGCAGCUGCUGCGGCAGCUCGUCGACGCGGCGGCAGCGCACCACGUGAUGCUGGCGGAGAUGAAGGCCGCCCUGGCUAGGGCCGAUGUGUUCCACCUCGUCUCCGGGACGUGGCUGCCCGCCGCCGAGCGCUGCUUUCUCUGGAUUGGCGGCUCCCGCCCUUCGGAUCUCAUCAAGAUUGUAGCGCGACAUGUGGAGCCGCUGACAGAGCAACAGGUGGCGGGCGUGUGCGAUGUGCAGCGGUGGUCGCGGGAACGCGAAGAGGCGCUUGACCAAGAGCUCCAGGCCACGUACCGCUCCCUCUCCGACACCGUCUGCUCCGACGCGCUGCUCUCCCCAUACCCUGACAUGGCCGCCUACAUGGCCCACAUGUCACUCGCCAUCGCCAACCUCUCCUCGCUCGAAGCCUUCGUCAGGCAGGCAGACGCUUUGAGGCUGCAGGUGCUGCACAGGCUGCCGCAGAUCCUAACAUCGCGGCAAGCGGUGCGGUGCUUCCUCGCCAUCGCCGACUACUCCCAUCGCCUCCGCGCACUAAGCUCCCUCUGGCUUGCCCAGCCGCAUCGCCAGGAUCAACCCAACCCGUCCGGUGCCGGUGGCCAGUUCCAUCCAUAAAUUCAUCCUUCACCUAGCCACCUAUGUUGCAAGGUGUACAGAGAUGGGUAAUUAGAUUCAGAUAGAGAUGAUCAGCUUCUUCGGUAAGAUGUUGAUGUGUUUGUAAUUGUGUAUAUAAAAGGAGUAGAUUUUAAUAAUAUACAUACACAGGUGGAAAUAGGCAACAUAAAAAUAAGAAAUUGACAAUGUAAUGUGUGUGUUUUCUACA